AUGGCCCAACAAAACCAACCGGCCUUUUUAUCGCAUCCACAACCAACCAUCGCUUACCCGCCAGCGGUGGCUUCAGGGUUAUCUUCAACAGCGGCUCUUGUGCCGGCUCUUAGCUCAGCAACUUCUUCCAAUACUUCUCUAUCGGUUCCCAUGGCCCCCUUUGCUCAACGGACAAGUUCUCGCUCAGGAGAUUCUCAAGGCUCGCAUUCUUCAUCAUCGCCGACCCCAACACCUUCGCCUUUAUCAUCUGCUGGUCCUGGGCCAAAUUCUUUUACAGCUGCAUCUACUUCAUCUUCGUCCUCCUCACUUUCGUCUGCUUCACCGACUUCAUCUAGCCCCAAGAUGCUCAUCCAACCCCUCUCCAGACUCAAAAUCAAGGGCCACUACAAUACCGCCCGUAAGCACAUCAACCGGAUAAUGGCCAAGUCCUUUUUACCAUCGCUACUUGGCCCUUUGGCUCCUACAACUUCACCCAAACCGGGACGUUCCCACUCGGAAGACCAAUCUUCAAGAUCCGGGCCAUCAUCUUCUUCUUCAUCUUCAUCUUUUUCUUUUUCUUCUACUUCUCAGCCGCAAACAAAUAAUAAACCUUCAGAAAACGACCCACCACCGCUGCCUCCACCACAAGCUCCUCCGUUUUUAGCUCUCCCACCAGAGUCGGCCACAGGAAGUUUCCCUCGAAGUCGGUCGGGAAGCAUUGCAACCUCGCCAUCGACCCACGAUCUGCAUCUCGGAGCCAUAUUGCAACUGCCACCUGCAGCAGCAGCGGGUCGUCUUACAUAUCAUGACAAUGGCUCAAGUGCAUCCGGACUUUCGCGAGUAUCUUCAUGGGCUUCAUCGUCUCUUGGCGGGACUCCAGCCCAUACGCUUUAUGGUGCCGGGCGGUUUCUUGCCAGUGAUGCUGAAUCUGGUGUGGCCUUUUUUAACGAUGGAGAAGAUGAAUCUAUAUAUUCAACAGCAACAACCAGCCCUCACAAACCGUCAAAUCUUGCACAAUACCAACUGGCUCCUAAAAAAACCCGUAUUGACUUUACACGACAGCUACCAGUUGAGCUUAGCCAACAGAUUCUAACGCAUUUAUCACCCAAAGAUCUGUGUGCUUGUGCACUUGUUUCGCAAUCGUGGCGGUCACUUGCAGAUUCUGAUGCAGUUUGGCGUGAAAAGUAUUCAUCAUUGUCACAAUGGCCCCAGGUGUUACCUGCAGACUUGUCGUGGAAACAGUUGUAUGCAACAAAAUCGUCACUAAACUUCAGAUGGGCGCGGGGGCAGCCUGUGGCCAAGGCACUUGUGGGGCAUCAAGAUAGUGUUUACAGUUGCCAUUACAAUGAAGAGAUUAUUGUGACUGGGUCCCGCGACCAUACAAUCAAAGUCUGGCAUGCUGACACUGGUGCAUUGCUCAAAACAAUUGGCCGACCUACCGAGGGCGCAGGCGCUUCUCAACCGGCCAUGGAGGACUCUGGAAAUAGCAGUGACGAUAGUAGUGGGGAUGACGACGAAUUUGUGCAUAUGGGGUCGGUAGUCUCAAUCCACUUUGCAGAUGGCCUGAUGGUAUCCGGGUCAUCAGAUAGUACUUUUAUAGUACGGGACUUGGAAACAAUGCGCGGAAUUGUACGCGUGCGACACCAUACUGGCGGCGUGCUGGGUGUGUGCGUAAGCGACAAGUACGUGGCAACAUGCUCUAAGGAUUCCACUAUCUGCGUAUGGGACCGCAGUGAGUGUAGGCUGGGUAACCCGGUACUACCGCUUGUUGCUCAACUACGAGGCCACCGUGGGCCUGUUAAUGCAAUCCAGUUACGUGGCGAUCAUCUUGUAAGCGCUGGAGGCGAUGGUGUGGUCAAGUUGUGGACGCUCAAUGGUUCUGAUCUUCCUGGUGCUCCAGCGGCUCCCCUGGUCCCCCCUGGAUCAUGUUUACGGUCAUUCCGGGGGCAUACUCGUGGUCUUGCAUGUGUACAGAUUGCUGAGGGUGACAAGUUUGAGACUGUAAUUUCUGGGGGGAAUGACAAUACGAUUCGUGUUUGGGAUGUGCUAAGUGGGUCAUGUGUCCGCGUACUUGCUGGUCAUAAGGAUAUGGUGCGAUGUGUAGAUGUGAGCUGUGGCCGAAUUGUUUCUGCAUCAUACGACUUGACUAUCCGCGUGUGGGACUACGAAUCUGGCAAGCCAGUUGCGGAGUUAUCUGGAUGGUUUGGGUCCUGGAUUUUUACGGCUAAGGCUACAGCUAAGCGGAUAGUAGCGACGUCUUUUGGGAUCAAGCCUGUGAUUUUGGAUUUUGGUGAGGGACUUGAUCAGAGGUAUUUAGAUUACAUUAAAUAG